AUGGCCAAUAACCCUUCCGACGCACCCGCCGCUGAUGACUUCCUCGAACAAAUCCUCAGCCUUCAGACCUUCGCUUCCCCCGACUCUGGAUUGACCGGACCCGACAUCUCUCUGACGGGAACGUCGCCGAUGAUGCUGCAGCUCAACUCCUCCGACGCCAACCAUCACCUCGCUGCCGGAGGUUCCUUUCAUGCGCCGGUGUACCAGUUAGGGUUGAGCUUAGACCAAGGCAAAGGAGGGUUUUUGAAGCCGGAGGAAGCCUCUGGUAGCGGGGAACGCUUCCGCAACGACGUGGUUCAUGGUAGACCUAAUAAUGUUUUUCAUGGGCAACCCAUGCAUACAACUGUUCCUGCUGCUCCACAUCCUCCAGCCAUGCGUCCUAGGGUGCGGGCUAGAAGAGGACAGGCUACGGAUCCUCACAGCAUAGCGGAGCGAUUACGCAGGGAGAGAAUAGCAGAAAGAAUUAGGGCGUUACAAGAUUUAGUUCCAAGUGUCAAUAAGACAGAUAGAGCUGCCAUGUUAGAUGAAAUUGUGGAUUAUGUCAAGUUCUUAAGGCUUCAAGUGAAGGUUUUGAGCAUGAGUCGAUUGGGUGGAGCAGGUGCAGUGGCCCCACUGGUAACUGAUAUCCCAUUAUCAUCAGUCGAGGAAGACGGCAGUGAGGGUGGAAGAAAUCGACCGGCUUGGGACAAGUGGUCGAAUGAUGGCACAGAAAAACAGGUUGCUAAGCUUAUGGAAGAAAACGUUGGAGCUGCCAUGCAAUUGCUUCAAUCAAAGGCGCUUUGCAUCAUGCCGAUCUCACUGGCAUCUGCGAUAUACCAGUCACAGCCGCCGGACAGCUCUAGUAUAGUCAAGCCUGAAACUAAUCCACCUUCACAGACCUAG